AUCCGUCGCCUCGCCAGAUGUGGCCUCUGCUCAGACUCCUGUUCAUGAACGGCAAGAAUGCGUUGAUUGAGCGGCUGUGGCUCGGCCUGGAGGGAUGACAGGACUUUAGCAGACAUGGAGACAGGGGAGACGAGACGCACAGACAGCUGCAAACACCACAUUUACGAAGUCUAGAUUUUCCAUCGCAUUAGUUUCCCUUAGGUUGCGAGCAAACGCUAUUUUUAUAUAUUUUGUAUUCAGAGCUGUUUUUGUUAGUUUAUUUAAAGCCAUACACAAGCAGACGGCAGGAUGAGCUCGGAGGGUUUUCAGUACCAAGCGCUGUACGACUACAAGAAGGAGCGGGAGGAGGACAUCGACCUGCAUGUGGGGGACAUGCUGCUGGUCAGUAAAGGAGCGCUGCUCGCCCUCGGCUGCAGCAACGGAGCCGAAGAACGACCGUCUGAGAUCGGAUGGCUGCCGGGCUUCAAUGAGACCACACAGGAAAAAGGUGACUUUCCAGGAACAUAUGUGGAGUUCGUCGGUAGAAAGAGGAUGUCCCCGCCCACACCAAAGCCCCGCCCACUGAGACCGCCAUCUGCAGCGUCGGUGAGGACCGACUCAGAGUCUGAGG